UCUAAAAGUUGUGCAGACUGCAGAGUCUUAUGUAACGAUGCCUGGAAACUCGAAUAACCAGGGGGCACAUGGACUAUCAACCUUGUAAGCUCUGACUGCGCAAAUUCUCCCCCACAGCAGCUUAACCUCAGCACGGGCUCCAUCUCUCCUCCAUCCGUCAGGGACGGGUCAUGAGCGAACUACAUCCUGGUGCUCCACUGAUGCUCCCAUAGUCACAUUUUCUGUAAUGCACCGUCAUGAUGGGAGAAGGGCAGGAGCCAGGGGCGUCUCUACGACGUAUUUUAAAGAUACCGUAGUGGAUAAAUCGGCGGACUAGACAAGUGAAGCUGGUUUUAAGUGGAGAGAAAUCACUUCCUGAUUAACCCUACCGAUCAGAAGAAGAACUGCGCGGCUGGUCGGAGGAGGCUGGCAGAGAAAAACUGACACGUGGAUUACUCCUCCUCGGGCAUCAGGAAAAACAAGACUCCCUCCUCCAGCUCGGCUUCGUGACCACAUCAGCCUUGUCCCCGUGAGUCCAGUCAUACAGGUUAUGGAUUACAAUCAAGAAAACCCGUGAUGUGAUCGAGUUUUUACUUUAUGACAAGGUUUCAGUGUUUUUUUUUCCUCUGAUCGUCUACUUUUCUGACUGAUCAACCGGAAAGAGCCGACGCGGUUGAGAGGGGGCUGCUGUUUCCUCGCGUUGAAUGGCAGUAAUUCAAAAAUAUGGCAAGAACUAUAGUCCAGAUUUGGUCUGUCACACGGAAAACCACCCGCCUGACAAGAUCGGAGCCCCUGGAUGUUACAAGAAGUGGCCUGAACACAACACCAACUGGUCCAGGCCUGUUGCGAGGGUAUGGACGGUGGUGCUGCUGCUCGGGACAUGCCUGCUGUACUGCGCUCGUGUGGCGAUGCCCAUCUGCGCCGUCAGCAUGGCAGAACAGUUCAACUGGAGCAAGAGGGAGUCGGGGAUGGUGCUGGGCAGCUUCUUCUGGGGUUACUGCUUCACCCAAGUGUUUGGAGGCUAUGUCAGUGACAGGGUUGGAGGUGAGAAAGUCCUCCUGCUGUCUGCAGCAGCCUGGGGGUCGAUGACGGCCUUCACCCCUAUCUUGGCCCACUUCUGCUCCCAGCCAAUCCUCUCUAUGACACUGGCGCGCUUCCUUAUGGGCCUGUUGCAGGGAGUUCAUUACCCCUCUCUGGCAAGUCUGUGCUCUCAGAAGGUGGUGGAGAGUGAAAGAGGCUUCCUCAUGAGCACUGUGGGAAGUGGCUCUUAUCUGGGCACUUUGGUGAUUGGAGGGGUAGGCUCUCUCAUGUUGGACCUGUAUGGGUGGGAGAGUGUUUUCUACGUGUCCGGUCUGCUUUCCGUCCUGUGGGCGUACUGUAUGUGGAAAUAUCUGCUCAAAGGAGAAGGGCCUAUCAUCACACUGGAGUCCCUGGGAAACAGCGGGCCACAGUCCAAACUAUCCAAGAGACAUUGGCUCCGGCUCCUCAAACAACCUGCAGUCUGUGCCGUGAUUGUAACACACCUUUGCACUGCAAGUACCUUCUUUACUCUUCUGUCAUGGCUGCCAACCUUCUUUAAAGACACUUUCCCAGAAGCCAAGGGCUGGGUGUUCAAUGUCAUUCCCUGGUUGGUUGCCAUCCCCUCAUCCCUCUUCAGCGGCUGCCUGUCUGACCAUCUGAUCAGCCAGGGCUACGAUACCGCCUCUGUGAGGAAGUUAAUGCAGUUUUUCUCCAUGGGUGUGUCAAGUUUGUUCACCCUUCUUCUGUGUGGCAGCACCACCUUUCCUUGGGCUGUAGCGUUUGUGUCAGCCACCAUGGGUCUCACCACCUUCAGUCACAGCGGUGUAUCUGUUAAUGUUCAAGAUCUGGCUCCUUCCUGUGCCGGAGCUCUAUUUGGUGUUAUGAACACUUGUGGUGCCUUCUCAGGGGUCCUGAUGGUGUAUUUCUCUGGGUAUCUCAUCGAGGCCACAGGCUCGUGGGCAACCGUGUUCGCCCUCAUCACCACAGUGAACCUGCUGGGCCUCUGCACCUUCCUGGCCUUCGCUGAGGCUCGCCGGGUCGACAUUGACUCCAGCAAGGUUCGCCACCACAACAUCCACAUCUAAAGUCGUAAGAAAGAGUAGGAUGCUGUUCCUAAGGGAGACACAACUUUGGGCAACCAGCAGUUUGAGGACAGCAGAGAAGUUCACAAAGGAUAAGGUGGCACAUGGAUAAAUCCUGGGUGUGACAUCAGGAAAACUUAAGUCGGCUCUGUGGAUGAGAACUUCCUGUAACAGUCACUUAAAAGCACACAGCAGAGGCUGCACAAUGUUAUUGAAAAAUCCUCUAAAGCUCGGGCGCUGAGUCCUAGAAAAACACAGCUGUGUGAGAGGAUACUCUGGGUGAAGCAGAAAAGGUUACAGGAGCAAAAAAAAAAAAAAUCUCUACCUCCAGGUCCCAGCUUGUGCAGCACGUGGUGGGUAAACAGUCGUGUGUUUACCUUCGUCUUUAGCUCCAGAAUGUGUCGCUGAGAAUGAGGAAAGUCACAGAAAUUGUAAUCUGGUGUGUUUUUUUGUGGAGCUGCGUGGGUGAUGGAUGUGUUAGUCUGACAGCUGUGACACACCAAGGUGGUGUGUUCUCACCCUGCAGGGAUGGGGGAGGCGUCGUUGCCACACGUGGAUGACACAGGGAGAGUCCAGCCUCUGUUAUCUGAAGUCUUUUAUUAGUACGCCCCGCUCAGCCAUCACUGAGAGCACCAUCUGAGUGACAGCUCAUUACCCAGCUGCUAAUUACUCUGCGGGCACUACAAUGUCCUGUACCAUUUACCUUCUCUUGUCCCCAUCACCAUAGUUACAAGCUGAUCAUAUUGUUUGAGUUGAAUGAGAAAGACCCACAUUGAUCCAGUGUUUUUGUAAUCACAAAGAAUGUGCUUUGACAAGCAAGACCAAAGGUUGAUUAUUUAGUUUAUUUAAUUUUGAUUGCAUGUAAUAUAAGAUACCUCACUUAAUUAUUUUGAGUACUUAUAUAUUUAUAUGACCCUUUUUUUUUUUUUGUAAAAUCCUAUUUUUGGAAGAAAGAAGACAACACAAAAGAAUUAUGUCAGAAAGAUGGCAGAAGUGAUGCAGUAUGAAAAAUCUGUCUUCACUUGUAGUUCCAUCUGUCCAAGGAGACACAUUUAGUGAAAAGUUACUUCUUCAUGUGAUUUUCUUCCGUUUUCUGUUUGAAGAUCCUCGUUACGGCACUUGAUGUCCUUGUUACUGUGGCACCAGACUGGAAGUGCUGUCAGCAUCUGUAAAGGAGAAAGUUAGUGCAGAACACACUUCUUCUUGUGCUGUCGCAUCUCUGUGUUAUCUAAGUAUAUUUCUCUUAUCAGGCUUGCCCUGAUUUUAUGAAUGUUUUGUACAGCAGUGGUUCUCAACUGGUUGAGCCUCAGGACCCAACAUUAACUCCUCAAUGAGAAAUUGCGACCGAAAUUUCUGAUAUUUUGAUUGAAAAAUAGCACAAAUUGGACCUCACGCAGUAGCAAGUGUGACAAAUCAUAGAGACAGGACAAAAACAGGAAUAGUUUCAUGGACUUUUGGUGCCGUUUUUGUUUCCUGGAACACAUUUGGGACCCACUGAAAAGGGCGCCGCAACCCACUUUUGGGUCCUGGCGCAUCAGUUGAGAAGCACUGGUGUAGAGGAUGUAAAAUGAUGUUAUGGUCUCAGGACAGGGCGCAACCCAGGCAGCGUAUUUAGGGCUUUUGUUACCAUAAAGUAUGUAGCGAAAUGAAGCUGAAUGUUCAGGGUACAGUAGAAUUUAUCUUUGGUCUUCACAGCACAGUUUCACAUUUAGGAGAUUUAAUUUGCAUUUAAGAUGACAUGUGAACCUUAAACCUAUGCAUUUAUUAUUUUUGUGCCUAAUUUAAUUACAGUAAGCUAUGGGAGGCGAGUGAGAUGUGUGUGCUGUGCUAACAGUGUCAUUUACUGGGUAUUGUCCAUCAACAUUUUGCCUCCCAUGUACCCAUGUAGGAGUUUUUCACUAUGGUGUGUUUUUGACACAUGGACCCCUGUUGUCUCAGAGUUAUUUAUUUAUAACCACAUGGGAACAUUUUUGGUGUAUGUUUUGUCAGGAUAGAUUUUAUUUCUGAAAUAUCCUUUAUUGUUAUGUUUCUUAUAUUGUCAUGGUCAGUUGGGUGUAAAAAGAUUAAUUGGAUUUAUUUAAAUCUUCCAUUUUCUUUACAUCAAACACAACGCCAUUAUUUGUUUUGUGCUAAAAAUCACAACUCUACUGACCAUAUUGAAUCAUUCUUAUUUAAAAUAGAAUAUAUGCCAAAUGUCAGUAUGAUGAUGUAUUUAUUUUUGUUUUUGUAGUGAUAAAUCACAGAUUGCGUGCCUAUAUUCUCAGAUUCACAAUUUAGAUUCAGCUAUUCUCACAUUAUUCGGCUUUUUGGUCGCCACAUUCCUGGGCAAAAUUUAACAUAGAGCUGCUUUAAUCAUCAGUCCACCCCUCUUACUGUUCUCUGUUUACAUCCUUCAAAACUUAACACGACUAUAGCUGGUGAUCUGCUAACAAAGUCAUGACAUGUAUGAUUGAAAGAAGUAUGUUAAUGCAAAAAAAUCAUGCAGUAUUCGAAUGCUUUUGAAAUAUGUUGUAUGUAAAAGCCUAUAUUACCUUUGAAUAAAGAUAUAUUUUGUCAGCA